AUGCCCACCUUCGCGAACUUCUCUACCACCCCCCCGGCCGGUCUCUUCAUCAAAAGCUCUUUGAUUCUCAAGAACAUCAACGUUUUGAAGCCUGUCUUGACAAGCGAAGCGAUUAGGGGCGGCCUCAUCAUCAAGAUGUCGACUCCCACCAUGUCGAACAACCUCCUCAAGCCGAAGAGGAAAUGCGCCGUCCUUCAACUCAUCAAGAAGAGCUUCUGGAAAAGUUUGUUUGGUUACAGUACCAAGAACUGCACUAAACCUGCCAAGAAUGCCGAAUGCGAUAUCGCAAUUCUUGACGAACUCGCCUCGUACAACACCAACACCGGCUGUGGCGACUCGGCCAAGCAUCACGAACGGCGCCGAGCCGCAACUCUCAUCUUCAAAGAGUUGAGCAACUACACUGUCGAGACCAACUUCGACUUGAAGGGCCGGAUUGAACACCGCGCGGCUUCUCAGCUUUGCAAAGAGCUUUCUUUCUUUGAUUUCGCUGCGACCAUCAAGGAUCGCCAUGCCGCUCUAGGCAUUUACCAAGAGUUGGGCUUCUACAACACUUUCUCCAUUGAUGAUCCAAAAGAUCAUCAAGUCUCCUCAACCAUCGACAACGAAUUUCCUCCCACCGACACCACAGACUUCCAGUAUAAAACAGAGGCCCAUGAUAGCUCCCCCCGUGCCAGCCCCGUCUCGCCCUCAGACUCGACAUUUUCCUUCCCUGCUCGACGGUCCUCCAUCGAGUCGACGACAUCUGGUUCCGAUUUUACGGAUCAGUGCGCUUGCGAGCAGCCUAGCUGCACUGUCUCGCCGGUCGAGACAGACACCGAGGUUAUCGAGCUUCUCUCUCCUGUGAGCACCAUUGGAAACCGGUCUCCAGCCCUCUUCUCCUUGAUCGACGUAGAGGAUGACGACAACGACUCAGAUAUUCUCCCGAUACCGCUUCCCGGAGCUUCUUUUAUCGCAGAUGAUAGUGGUGAGGACGACGAAGAGCUCACCACUUCUGCCGCUCCUGCUUUCCACACUGGCCAGACAGUCAACGCCCUCGACAACAGAGUGAGAGUGGACACCGACCCCUGUCGGAACUCUUGGAAUGAAGAGUCUGAAGAAGGAGAUGAUGAAGAAGGAGAUGAUGAAGAAGAAGAAGAUGGCGAUGAGUGCUAUGGAUGGAUCUCUUCAGCCGACAUGAACAAGGCAGAACUCCACGCUCGAACUUGUGAGGAGUUUGCACUCGAUAAUGGUCUUGAGCCCUUCCUAGACUCUCACCACGACUCGCAUCUAUUCGACAUCAGGGCUGUGCACUGGGAGUGCCGUGUAAAGUGCCAUGAAUACUGGUACGGCACUCCUUUCGGAAAUGUGUGCGACUGGGAGGUUUUGGACCAGCUUGACCCCUUCGCCGUCGCCUCCGGGGACUGCCCGGAGCUGAGACUGACCACUCCAGAGGGAGAGAACAAGUGGCUCCGGGACCCGCACUACUACGUGGGGAGUGUUUCGUGGGCUGAUCUCGACGAAGAGGAUGAAUACAGGCCUUCCCCUGUUCUAGAGGCACCAAAGCAAGCCAACCAGGAGCUGGAGGCGAUGAUACAGCAGCUGGAGGAGGUCAAACAAGAGCCGGAAUGCGAGUCGGAGCAGGAGGGAGAGAGUGAGGGGUACUACUACCGUCCCUCACUGUGCGACAUGAACCGCGAGGAGCUCCGGCAAGCAGCGGAGGAGGACUUCGAGAUCCGCUCGUACCUCUGGCGCUACAUGGAUGACAGCUGGGGCACCCACCUCUUCGAUCUCCGCUUGGCGAAGAUGACCUGCCUGGACCGCCGCGAGCGACACGAAUUUGGCCAACCCUUGGGCUGGACCUGCACCUGGACAAUCCUCGACAGCCCCGACCCGUUCCGAAAGGCAGACUCGACCGUCCCAGAGAUCAUCCUCACCACACCUGAGGGUGAGACAAAGUACCUUGCAGACAUGCAGUACUACCCGGGUUCCUCGUCGUGGGCUGACUUUGAUGAUGAGGAUGACUUUUAA